AAAGUUCCAGUCACGAGGAGCAAGUUUAGGCCAUUGGUUCGUCCCUUAACCGAUCAUUGCUGCCAGGAGAAAAAGGGUAGGAAAGUAGAGAUCUUUAACCUUGUUUUUGGAUCCUGAGGAUUGACCCAGAGAUUGAGAGGAAAAUUUGAUCUUUUCUCGAAGUCUGUGUGCAGACCAUCUGCUUCCAAUUACCCAGGAAUUUCUGCUGAGAAAAAGCUGGGAAGGCAUCAGGGAGCGGAGCGGGAGAAAUGGGUACUCUGUUCCUUCUAUGUUCCCUUUGGUGAUUUCGGUGGGGGGAUCGGGAGACUCCGCGACGAAGAGCUGGAUUUAGACUUUUUCACUUGAUGAGCUUUUGCCUCUAUCGGUUUAUUUUAUUUUAUUUUAUUUUAUUUUGAGAUAGAGAUUCGAUCUUGGUUUGAAUUUUUUUCUUCAGUGGUUUUGAUUCCCUGUCGGAAAGUUCCAAAAAGAUAGGAUUUUGACGCAGCUGCGAGAUUUCCAAGGAAGAAGAAGAUCUAGAUAUCUAUCUUUGCUUUAAACCAGUGUUCCAAGUCAGUAAAAUAGGAUCAUUUUUUCGAAAGAAAUAUUGAAUCUCGGUUGGAAAUUCUCUGCACCAGUAUAUGUUCUCGCCGGAAAGCUUCAACUGGUUUUUAGCUUCUCGGUGCUAUUAGAUUGGGUUAAAUAGGCUUAAUCUUUUUCUUUGGGUAAUCUAAGGAGUUAGCCGUAGAUGCCAGCACAUGGAGGGGCCAACUCUCUAGUUACAGUUCUGGAGUCCAACUGAAGAAGUUUCAUGAGCUUUGGCAAUCAUGCCUCUCUCCCAAUACCAUCAAUCGACAUCAAAGGAUAAGGCGGAAGCCGCACAAGCAAGAAUGAACAAUUGCUCAGCUGAUCUAUUCACCAUGCCUGAUCACGAAUUUGCUGAGCUACUGUGGGAGAAUGGCUCGAUUGUGAUGCAGGCCCACCCCAGUAGGCCUAAGAGGAGCUCCUUCCCCACUACCUUUUCUUCCCAUGCCGCUGGAGUUCAUGAGAAGGAUGGCAGGGAUGCCGGCAGUCCAAAGGCUUCCCGGUUUGAUGCAAUGGAACCCAUGGUUAAUGACUUCUCGCCUGCGGCACCUUCUGCCCAUGUUGGCGUCAAUGCUCAAGAUGAUGAUAUGGUCCCAUGGAUCAGCUACCCUAUCGAGGAACCACUUCCAAAGGAUGCUCUCCAGAAUGAUUACUGCUCGGAGUUCUUGAAUGAAUUCCCGGGGGCCAAUCUGAAUUCUCCUUCUGCUUAUAACAAGCCCAUAGCUACUGAUGGAAGCUUUGGUUUAGGGCAAGAUAUCAGGAAUUCCCACAAUGUGGAACAUGAGCGUGCUUCGAAAGCAUUUGCAGAGAGUUCAGAACCCAGUAGGGAUAGGACUAGCCACUUGUUCCAAUUCUCACAGCAUUGCCAGAGUUCAGCUCCAAAUUCCGAAUCAAUAGCUACAGACACUGAGAUCGGUGAUUGCACGAAAACUCGUCUGCAGAACCCAGAUCCUUCAAGUCCCAAGCCACCACAGCUGAAUGGUAGCAUGCUGAAUUUCUCCCAUUUCUCAAGACCCACCAUGCUGGCCAAGGCCAAUCUCCAUGGUGUUGAUGGAAAGAGAACUGAUGAGAAGGCGUCUGCACCCUUGAAUGGUAAUACUGUGGAGUCGACAUUGAUCGAGUCUGCUAGUGUUUUCAAGAGUGCUACAGAGGUUCGAGGCCUAUCAGCUUCAGUUCCUCCCAAGAUGGUGAUGCGGUCAUCUGUCAAGCCUCCCCAAGAGGUGAUUCCUGUCGAGCGGUCAGAGGCUAUUUGUGAACAAGAUGCUUCAGGGAAGAAUAAUUCAAAAGUCCUUCCUAACAAUGGUAGCAAACCGGCUGAUCAACUUGCAAGCUCAAAUGUGGCCUUAAGAAGGCAUGAAACUGAAAAAGCUCCUGAAGCAGUUGUUGCAUCGUCUUCUGUGUGCUCGGCUAAUAGUGCAGGCGCAGCAUCCAAUGAUGCUCAAAAGGGAGAAAAGAGGAGAAGUCAUGAAGGAGAAGAAUCAGGGUACCAGAGUGAAGAUUUUGAAGAUAUGUCAGUGGGGUUAAGAAAACCUGCAACCGGACGAGGGACGAGUGCAAAGAGAAGUCGCGCUGCGGAAGUACAUAAUUUAUCAGAAAGAAGGCGAAGGGAUAGGAUCAACGAGAAAAUGCGUGCGCUACAAGAGCUGAUACCCAAUUGUAAUAAGACGGACAAAGCUUCAAUGCUUGACGAGGCCAUCGAGUAUCUUAAAACACUUCAGAUGCAAGUUCAGAUCAUGUCCAUGAAUAGUGGAUUAUGCAUGCCUCCAUUGUUGCAUCCUCCUGGUAUGCAACACAUGCAUGCGCCAGCCAUGGUUCGUUACUCACCGAUGGGUGUAGGGAUGGGAAUGGGUAUCGGAUAUGGCUAUGGAAUGGGAAUGUAUGACAUGAAUGGCUCCCCUAGUUGCUCGAUGAUCCCUCUGCCACAUAUGCAUGGACCACAGUUCCCUUGCUCCUCCAUUCCAGCAUCGCUGGGCUUGCAUGGCAUGCCUCGAUCUGUCAACCAUCAGAUGUUUGGAUUCCCAGGGCAGGGUGGCCCUUUGUCAAUUCCCCGGCCAUCUCUAUUUGGUUCUUUGUCAGGGCUUUCUGCUAGGGCAAACUCGGUGCCUGAGAUUACAGCGCCAACAACUUGUCCAAUUUCAGCUUCAGAUACAGCUCCUACUUCAAUUCCAGUGGAUCAGCAGCAACAAAACAUGGAAGCAUUACAUGGAUCAGGCAUCGAUGACUCACAGAUUCAGACUCCUAAUCAGGCAGUGAAGAAAUUAUUUUAACAGACUGCUUUUGGUGAAAAUGAGUAAUAAAACAUAGCAUGCCAGGGAAAAUGGAGAUCUCACCCAUGUCUCCGAAAAUGGGAUUGCACAAAGAGCUAUGGUUGGCAAAUUUAUGGGCAUUGCUGGCAAAAUUUCUAUGAAAGAUGCGAACCAACUGAAGCCAUCCACCUUGUGGAAAUUCAUUUUUUGAUACAAGACGUUUCAUGGUACCUAGAAGUAACGUUUCGGUUUUCAACAGCGGGUGGGCAUAACCUGCAGAGUUUUGUAAAUUGAGAUUUGCAGGAUCCAUGCGGUGAUCAUGUAUCAGGGAGGAUGAGCUUUCAGAGUGUCCCAUAGAAGAGUUUUUUACACCUCCGUAGGCACUCCUGACUUGAUGCAGCAAACAUGUAAUCUUCCAUAAAUUAAUUUCGAUUCAGAGCUUUUGGUGCUUAAUGUAAAUUUUCUUGAAUCACUUUCUAGAAAUUUCUUUAUUGGGUCUGUGAACCUAUGAAUGAUGCAUCAAUGAUUGCAUUUUAUCCAAUCACAUGCCAUCACUUGUUGCAAUGUAUAUAUACGUUGAAAAAUGCAUCCAAAUGCAGAACGAUUUUUGAUUUA